GCGCGGAUUGGCUGAGCCGCGCCCCCCCCGGGGGGAGAAUGGAAUGUUGCGGUGUCUGAGUUCCAGCGCGGGGCGGCGGCGGCGGCGCCGUCUCGGAGCCCCCGGGCGGGCGGGCGAAGAGCGGCCGAAGCGAGGAUCCGGGGACGAGCACCAGUGUAGGCCAAGAUGGUGGAUCAUCUGGCAAACACGGAGAUUAACAGCCAGCGCAUCGCUACUGUGGAAAACUGCUUUGGGGCAUCGGGACAGCCCUUAGCUGUGCCAGGAAGGGUCCUUCUCGGGGAGGGAAUUUUGACCAAGGAAUGCCGGAAGAAGCCCAAGCCUCGAAUAUUCUUCCUUUUCAAUGACAUCCUUGUGUACGGAAGCAUAGUGAUCAACAAAAGGAAGUACAACUCCCAGCACAUCAUACCCCUCGAAGACGUCACCUUGGAGACACUGCCAGAUACCUUACAAAUGAAGAACCGAUGGAUGAUUAAGACUUCAAAGAAGUCCUUUGUGGUUUCUGCUGCCUCCCUCACAGAAAGGAAGGAAUGGAUCAGUCACCUGGAGGAGUGCAUCCGGCACCUGCUGACAAAGACGGGGCGGCAGCCCUCUACUGAGCAUGCUGCCCCCUGGAUCCCCGACAAAGCGACCGAUAUUUGCAUGCGCUGCACACAGACCAAAUUCUCUACCCUCACUCGCCGGCACCACUGCCGGAAAUGCGGGUUUGUCGUGUGCGGGGAUUGCUCCAAGCAGAAGUUCCUGAUGCCGCGGCUCUCCCCCAAGCCCCUGCGGGUCUGCAGUCUGUGCUACAGGCAGCUGAUGGCAGAAGAGAAGCAGGAAGGAGGUGACCAGAGGCAGCCAGAGCAAAUCCACUCUGCCAAGCCAAGGUACGAAGCUUCCAGCGGUGAAGACAGUGACAAAUCUGACGACGACAAAGUGGACCAGUGGCCAGCAGACGCAGAGUUUUAUACCUCAGUAGUAUCUUGGUCGUCAUUCCAUAAUUAACUGUUUCACUGUCGGUUUUUAGCCUCCGGUGCACGUACAGAGCUCUCAGUAUUUUAGCAGGGAGCAUGCAUGGGAGAGUGAAGUUUUGGCCCCUAUUUAUGCUAUUUUCUUUUUUCAGACAAUUAAAAGACCUAAUAUUGUGCCUGUUACAGUAGCAGGGCAGACAGCAACGAGGCAGCAUUGCCUAGAGUACGGCGCACUGGC